CAUUCACCACUCACUCACCACUCACCCACUCACCCACUCACUCACUCACCCACUCACUCACCCACUCAUCUCCCAUUUCCCAUCUUAUUUAUCUCUUCCGGAUAGAUAUAUCCUUCCCAUCAUACUCACACCAUUUCCUAGCCAGCCAGUCCCCAUUUCCACCCACCACAACCUCCGCCGACCGUCAUGGCUUCGUUCCUCAUCACCGGCGCCUCCAGAGGCUUUGGCCUGGCACUCACGCGCGAGUUGGUCUCCCGCCCGGCCUCCGAGGUCGGCACCAUCAUUGCCUCGGCCCGCGGAGACUCGCGCGACUUGAACGAGGUCGCCAAGAACUCCUCCGGCCGCGUCGUCGUGGUCAAACUCGACGUCGCCGACGAUGCCUCUGUCAAGAAAGCCGCGGCCGAGGUCGAGGCAAAGCUUGGCGCCAAGGGCCUCGACGUCCUGGUCAACAACGCCGCUGUCUGCCAAUUUGCCCCCGACGGUACCAAGUCCAUGGAAAACCUCCAGGAGAGCUUCGACAUCAAUGUUUUGGGUGUCCACAGGGUCACGAGGGCCUUUCUUCCUCUGCUGCAGCAGGGCAAGCUCAAGAAGGUGGCCAACAUCUCAACCACCUUCGGUUCGCUCACCAUGAUGCCCUACCUCCACUUCUCCCCCUCCCCGGCCUACAAGAUCUCCAAGGCCGCCAUGAACGCCCUCACGGUUCAGUAUGCCCUCGACCACGGCAAGGAGGGCUUCUCCUUCAUGGCUCUCUGCCCCGGCUGGAUGAAGACCGAGCUCGGCGGAGGCGACAUGGCAGACCUGACUCCCGAGCAGGGAGCCAAGGCUUCGUUGGAAAUCAUCUACAGGCCCAACGAGCAGACCAACGGCAAGAUGCCAAAGGUCUUUGUCAAAGGCUGGGAGAACGCAAACGGCCCCAACGUCUACGAUGGCACCGACGUCCCCUGGUAAUCGGCCCACCGGGCAAACAUGGUGAGCCCGAAAUGAUUCCGGGGCUCCGAAUUCUCAGAGAAGUGGGUUGGAUGGUGCCGAGCCUCUCCAGCUUGUAUUUCCUUUUCUGGACAGCAGCCUCAUGUUUGCCAACGGGAGUUGAGCAAAACAAGAAAUGAAAGCUCUCAUUGGUUUUUCGCAAGGGUCAAGUGGUGCACCAAUAGGUUGCGAUACGUGCUUGUUGUUCUUGUUGUUCUUGUUCUAGUUCCCAUCCCCACAGUUGGUGGGCAGUUGGUGGGCAGAUCCGUGAGGAGGGGGUGUUUGGCGCUGCCGGACUGGUACUCCGGGUAAUUGAUUGUGCUAUGUGCGAGUGGGUAGACUUUUCAGCCGGUGGGCGAUGGAUCACGUGACCGUCACGUGAUAUCAUUUUCCAACUAGCACUCCCGUAUAAGUCGACAUUUAUAUAUACAUAAAUAUCUUCAUUGACAUUAUCAUUAUUAUUA